AUGAAUCUGAUUCCAGCAUCGUGGAAGAUACAAUGGGAUGUGUGGGAAGUUCAGAUGCUGGUUCUACUUAGUCUUACUUUACAAAUCAUUCUUUUCGUCUUUGGUAAACGCAGAAAGAAUAUAUCGUCACAAUGGAUUAAUGUGAUUGUUUGGUUGGCCUACAUAAUGGCCGAUUGGGUGGCAACUGUUGCCCUUGGCAAACUCUCCCGUACCCUAAAUAAUAUUCCUAAUCCCAAUAAUGCAUUACAGGCAUUAUGGGCACCCUUGCUUUUAUUGCAUCUUGGUGGCCCAGAUACCAUAACUGCUUAUUCUUUGAAUGAUAAUCAAUUGUGGAUAAGGCAUUUUUUAGGCAUGGGUGUUCAAGCUAUUGUGGCAAUUUAUGUCAUUGUUAUGUCUUGGAGGCAUUUCUGGUUUUCAUUUAUGUUAAUUCCGGCAUUCGUGGCUGGAAUUAUUAAGUAUGGGGAGAGGACAUGGGCUCUGAAGUUAGCAUGCUAUGAUGAAUCAAAAAGCAUUGUACCCUUUUAUGAUCUAAGAGUCCCAGAUGGUCUAGCAAAAAAGACAAGAUGUGAAAUUGUUUUAAUUAUGGCCCACAAACUGGUGAUGGAAUUUAAAGAUUAUGUAGAGAAUUAUGACAUUCGUAGAUCUAGUUUCAAACUGCGGUAUGCAAAAAAUUUUCAGGAUGUGAUAAAUCUGGAUGUAUAUAAAUAUUUUGAGAAUGUAUUGGAGGUUGAAAUGGGGCUCAUGUACGAUUUAUUAUAUACAAAAGCACCCAUAACAUUUAGCAAGAGAGGGUGCAUUUUUCGCUCUAUCAGCUUCAUGUGUACGGUGUCUGUGUUGGUAGGACUCUUCCGGCUUAUCGCCAAGUGGCACAAGCAGCACUACUCCAUGGUUGAUAUUGCCAUCACAGGGGUACUAUUGGUCGGAGCUCUAGCUUUGGAGAUUUAUGCAGUCAUUUUGUUAAUAUUCUCUGAUUGGACAAUGAUUUGGCUAAUUAAGUGCGGCAGUGGCAAAUGGGCAAUCCGAUUGUGGCAGAAAUUUCCUUGGUUUUUUGAAAAGAAGAAGUGGUCUAAAAAGAUGGGGCAAAUCGAUCUAUUGAAAAAGGAAGACAAGCAUAAAAAAUGGAGUAGAAUAGUUGGGAGGUUGGGGAUUCAAGACAAGUUCUAUAGGUACAUGCGUACGACUAGUGUGUGUAUCCAUCCGAGGCUAUACCCCAUGAUUGUUCAAUUUAUUUGUAGUGCCGCAGCUACAGACAACCUUAUUGACUUUGGGUGGCUUGAGGGGGUUAUUGGCUCUACACCUUUUCAUGAGCUAGUUUUUAUCAUGCACAUCAUAACAGAUUUGUGCCACCGUUAUGAUGAUACUAGUAAGUCAGAGUCAGAUUUAGAGUCGGUUGCAUGCACUUCCGAAAAUAGUGAAAAUAGUGCUAACUCACGUGGACAUGAUGAUGACAAGGAAACAUGCAAAACUCUAUCAAAUUACAUGAUGUAUCUACUCCUCACCUGCCGUUGGUUGUUGCCUGUUGUUGUAUCCGAUAGUCAGUUGAUACUUGUCAUGAACGAUGUCAAAUUGUUUUCCAGGUAUAUUAAUGAACAAGUUACAGGAAGACGCAUGUUUCCCAUGGAUAUGAGAAGAAUCACAGAGCUGGCAGUUACUCGUGAUGAAGAAGGACGCAAAAUGGAAAAAAUUGAAGAGACGUCUGUAUUACUUCAGGCAAUAUUUUCUGACCUCAUCGAUGAAGGUAAUAUGGAGGUGAAAUGGGAAAAAUUGAAAAAUGUGUGGUUGGCGAUGUUAUGCUACGCUGCAAUUAGUGGUCCAAAAAAUUACCAUCUUCAACAGCUUAGAGAAGGAGGCGAGCUCCUCAAUUUGGUUUGGUUCCUUAUACCACAGUCUCAUAUAUUUGACAUAGUCAACACCUUCCGUCUAAACAGCUUCUUCAAUCAGUGUUUUCAAUCAAUGCCGCAUGUCUGA